AUGGCAUCUCGUCCAGGGCACUGGGUUGAUCGUGUUCCGAUUGAUUUCGGCAUGUCGGGCGUCCGGUACUAUCCAGCCGGCGGCUUGAUUGCUACCGUAGCAAGCGAGAUGGUCUCUGGUGGGCAGACACCAGACGGAAAAAGUCAAGCCAAGCCAGCCAGCGUCCAAGCUAGCCUUUCGGUCCUCGGGGCAAAUGUAACUCGGAUUCCGGUCAAAGAAUCCUGCGACCGCCGACCCAGCUCCCCGACUCUGCACGCCACGCUCACACACUCGUCAACGUCGUCGGGGAAUCUUCACCGGAGGAAGCAUCGCGCACAAUCGAGGCGCGGAACCUCCGGUAGCGACAUGGACAACGGCAUCGGCCCCGGGCCCGGCGUCGCGGCAUCGGCCAUGAGCUUGGGCAUGGGAACGGACACGCGCACUGAUUCUCCAGACCAACAGCAGAGCGAGAAUACCAUUGACGACGGCGCCUCAUCCGAAGCUGCUCUCGCCUGCAACUGCUGCCGCAAACGCAAGCUUCGAUGCUCUCGCGAGGUUCCAACAUGUCAGCAAUGUCGCAAGACGGGAAGUGAGUGCAUCUAUGAGACCAAGAGGGCCAAGCCCGGCAUGAAAGCUGGCGCCAUCGAGAACCUACACAGACGACUUGAUGCCCUCGAACGCACCGUCAGUCAACAGGCAUCGCGACCGCCCGAGCGUGAUCCAGCACCAGCUUCUCUCGCGGCGCCGCCAUCAGGUGAUGCGCCACGUUCAGACGGCGACAGGAACCCCUAUGAUAUUCUCUCCUUCUUCGCCAGAGAGCUGCAGCGCUUCAACAAUGAGAGACCAGACGUCACUCCACCGCAGCCGCCACGUCACGAUGAACGCCGACCGCCGCAGCCGCGAGCGAAGAGGCGACGCGGCGAUAGCAGCGAGGACAUUCGAGUGCCCAUUCGUCUCAACGUGCCCUCGCUGCCUGACGGCGAUGUCUUGGACGGCGUCCUCCGCGCCUACUUUGCCCACGUGCACCCUUGGAUCCCCAUGAUCCACGAGGGUCGGUUUCGCCGCCGCCUCGCUGAACCCGACGAGCACCCCCGACUCCACGUCAUCCUUCACUCCAUGAUCCUUGUAGCAUCGCGAUAUAUCGAGGACGUCAACUCGGCCGUCGCACUGACUGUGUCUCGCGAGAGACAGGAACAGGUCAGGGACUGGAUCAUUGCGCAGGCCAUGAGAGACUUGUCGGUGGAGAACUUGCAGGCACUGACCAUGGUCGCGUUCAAUGAUAUUGGAAAUGGAGAAGGGUCGCAGGCCUGGUCGCUCAUCGGAUCGCUGACGCGGACCGUGGAAUACCUACAGCUGACCAUCGAGCAUGAAGACAUGGAAAGGCUGUCGCUGACCCAGCCAUUUGCGUCUCUGGCGCCAGCGCAGGACUGGACCGAGACGGAGGAGAGGCGGCGCGUGUUCUGGAACGUCUUCAACCUGGAUCGGUUCUGCUCCGUGACCAUGGGCUGGAACACGAGCCUGACCUCCGACGACGUGAACCGCCGGCUGCCGUGCGACGGCAUCACCUGGCGCAAGGAGGACCCCGUGCAGACGCCCUAUUUCGGCAUCUGGGACAAGGGAGCUGGCCGAAUCGGUAACCCCAUCGCCUUCUUCCCGUCGCACUACGUAGCGCCGUCGUCGUCGUCGCACGUCAAGGACGAAGAGAUCCAGACGCCGUCGGAGACGGGCGCGUCGCCGGCCGGGGGACCAGCGGCGGCCAUCGACAUGUCGGCUGUCGGCGCCUUUGCCUACAGCAUCGAGGCGACCGAGUCCCUGAGCCGCGUCAACUCGUACUUCCUGCAGCAAAAGGUCAACAUGCGGGACCACCGCGACCUCACGAGCUGGCUGACGCGGUUCAAAGAGAUGGACCUGCGGCUGGUGCACUGGAAAAUGUUUCUGCCGCAAAAGUGGAAGGCCAACAUGGCGCGGCAGUCCUCGCGCAUGGAUCCGAACCUGACGCUGGCCCAUGUCACGCACAACGCCUCCAUGAUUCUGUUGCACCAGGUCAUGGCCUUCCCACCGCCCGAGUGGUCGUUUCGCAAUCGGCUGCCGAGCAUUCUCAGCGAGGACACAUGCAAGGCGGCCGCCGUGGAAAUUGCCACCAUAACGCAGAACUACCUGAAGAACGCGCCGCUCACGGUGCCCGUCUCGAGCGCGUUUGCGUUUUGCCUCUACGUCGCCGCCAAGGUGCUGCUGUCCAAGUGGCGCUACACGACCCGCGAAGACCUGGCACCCGACUUUUGGUCUCUCGUCCAGAGUCUCGAGGAGAUGGCUCGUCGCUGGGUCGGACCCCACGGCCUCGACAACGGCCGCGUGUGUCUCGCCGCCAAGUACUCGCAGACGCUGACCGAGUCGUACCGCCGCUGCGUCAGCGACGAGCACUUUCGCAUCAGCGGCCUCGGCUACACGAAUGAGAUUGACCACAGCGUCACCAAAGCGUCGAGGGACGUCGAGGGACACUCUGGCCGCGACCAGCCAGAUGGCGCCCCGAUGCGACAGCUCGCAGUGCCGACUUCGCAUGGUGCACAGGGCACCUCGGGGUUCCGGCCGCCACCGCCUCCUGCCGUUGCCGCUGUUCCUUCUCCUACCGGACCAGGGGCCUUGUUCGCAGGGCAGCCGGGCAUGGCAUUGGGCAUCGCAGCCGGACCUGGCGGCAUGCCCACGUCGGCGGUGGCAGGGUCCAACCUCGGGGGCAUGGUGCGGCCGGCGUCGUAUCACCGGGGUGCGGAGAUGGGGGGCAUCGACCAGGCCUUUGUGAAUCAGCAAUAUGUCGACAUGGACCGCGUCAUCAGCUAUGACGAUGGCAUAUUUGGAACCGACUAUGAGGGCGGAGGCUGGUGA